AUGUCGACUCCUGUGGGCAUCACCGUGCCGAAAAUGCUCCCUAUAACUGGCACCUGGACCUUACCGUUGACUGCUUAUCUCUAUCUCCUCAGCGUCCGAGUGUCACUGUUAAGGAUUGAUAGCAAGAAAUAUGUGGGCAACAAGACCUCCGAGGCCGAAGCUGCAGGCAAUAAGCCUGACCCGCUCGAGGUGGCUAUUCGAAGUCACGCCAAUUUCGUAGAAAACGUCCCCAUGGCUCUCUUAGCCGCUGCAAUCGUCGAGCUCAACGGUGGCAACCGGAAGAUACUCAAUGGUGGGCUUGCAGCUUUACUCCUCUUCAGAAUCUUACAUGUGGAGUUCGGCAUGCGAGGUGCUCACGCCGAUGGCCCUGGAAGGUUGAUUGGACAUGCGGGAACGGCAGGAUUCUUGGGUGGCAUGUCUGCAUAUGCUGUCUAUCUGGUGAAAGGAUAUUGGGGCUUCUAG